AAGCCUGGAAUCCGCUAAUAACUCCGUAACUGCUCGGGCCGGUUUUGAGUUUCGAGACACGUUGGCUCUUGCAUCAUCCAGUUGCACUCAGCCUUCUGACUUGCUUCAUGCCGCCGUGGUAGCAACAGUAGCUCCGCCCACAGGUCCAUGGCUUCCCAAAGCCCCGCCAAGGGCUCGUCAGCUCGCCCGUCGGUCCCGCGUACCCAAACCUCCCAGUCCGUCACUCCCGAUGGCGACGAUCGCCUCCACCUGCCCAAGAGGGCACAUACGUUUGCGAACCCAGCCGAUGUCGCCGACUCUCCCGAUGCCUUCGAGACCAGCGACCACACCGACACGGAGGAUGCCCUCGAGGUCACCCGAGCCUCUAUAGAGCUCGACAUCUUGCCCAUUGAGCUCGUCACUCUGACCGACAGCUUCAUCGACUCCCUCUCCGCCAAGGUCCAUCCUACCCCGCCUACCAUCGAUAGGCUGUCGGAGAAGUUCCAAGAAUUCUACGCCCUCGCAGCCUCCCACAUCAAUACUCACAUCAAUGCCCUGUUGACGAUGCAGAGCCGCGAUGUCUCUCCCGCCCCGUCCUCCUCCUCCAUCUCCUCCGCCGCUAGCCGCCUGCGAUCCAAGGCUAGCGCCCGGAACAUGAAAGACAAACCCAAGCCCGAUUCCGAGCAGCAGAUGAUCACCGCCGAAGAACUCGCCAGGAGGAAGCGUGCCAGGAAAGCCCUCGAGGCGAAACGGGGCUUGUUGGAGGAGGCCGUUGAACGUAGGCUAUGCGAAGGCAUCUACGAGCGGAUAUAUCGUCAUCGGAGCACCCAGGAUGAAGCCCAGGACGACAAGCUCCGCUCCAAGACGGCAGCUCUGGCACUGGUUGGAAUUGGUCCGGUUGAUUUGGGAAUCGAUCUUGGUGAAGAUUCAAACCAAUCACCGGAAGCGACCGCGGCCAAGUUGGCGGAGAUCACGCAGCGCCUGGAGCAAGCGAGGAGAGAUCUUGGCCUCAUGACCCAGAAGAGAUAUCCUCUUGGGAAGCUCAACCACCUCAAAGCCGCUCACAGAAGCAUCGUCGAUACCCUCGCCCACUUCCAUCCCUCCGCCUCUGCCGAUGAGAUCAUGCCCAUGCUCAUCUACACCCUCAUUACACUCCCGCCAGAGAACCUCCACGUCAUCAGCGACGUCCAUUUCAUCCAGAACUUCCGAUGGGAGCCCAAACUUACAGGGGAAGCUGCAUAUUGCCUGACCAACCUCGAGGCUGUCAUUAGCUUCCUUCAGACUGUAGACCUUGCCACUUUGCGCGCUGAUGAGCACCUCUCUGGGCCGACCAAGAGUACAAGCCCCAGGACGGAAACAUUCCCGCCUGCGUACUCACAAGGGGCCGCGCCUGCCACUCAGAGCGCCCCGGAAACAACAAAGGAGACUGCUGCAGCAACUAAACCCGCUGCCUCACCAGCUGGCCUCAAAGCCACCACUACCUUGCGCAAUCGACGACUGAGUGAUCUCGUCAAUACGCCUGCGCAAGCCUUCGGUGCUGCCAGUGACGCCGUCUUCAACACAGCCGACCAGGGUCUCAAGAACAUCUCGACCAGCUUAGGUGACAGCUACAAAUUCCUAGUGGGAAAGCUGCGGGAGCACCAGGAUAGUCCCCGAGAGUCCAUUGUCGUCCCGCGCACUCUGGACGACGCGCGCAAACUAGUCAGCACACCGCCUCCCGACGACGACGACUCAGCAAGCGGAAUUAACGCCCUCCUUGGCCCCGACGAUGCGGAACCCCAGAAGCGUCCUGGUCAGCGUGAGGACCGAGUUCUGAAUCUCAUUGGAGGUCGCCGUGAUCACAGUGCGGAUAGCAAUCGCAGCGGCCGGAGUGUCAGCUCCUCUAAGAAGGGCCUCUUUGCCUUCGAGGACCCCCGAGCCACCGGCGCCACUCCACCUCCAGGCCAGAACCCGGCUGUGCUCGAACAAAUGCGCAACCUGGGCAACUCCUUCAACCCAAUGGCCCGCUUGCCCAGCAUCAGCAUGAUCCGUGGCUUCGGGCGGAAUACCUCGACACCUUCUACUCCCCCCGUGGUGAAAGACGCAAAGCCUGCGGAUGGCGGCGAUCUUGCAACUGCAUUCCCUGACAUCGCCUCCGCCCUUCCCCCUAAAGAGAUCCCCAAGAUUGCGCCGCCUAACAAGCGCUUUAUGGAGAUCCAGACCCCUGGGGAUCUCAAGCUCGGCGAGGUCCUCGACCUCCUGCGCGAUUACCGCCGCCUGGCUGGCGCGCUGAAGGAUAUCGGCGCCUUCGAGACCAAGUGAGCAUGAUGCCACGACAGAGUGGCAGGAAUGCCUGUAGGAAAUGUCGGGAAUCGGGUAGACGUCAGAAGAUCUGGCUAGAUAAAUUGGGUAUCAUGGGUUGGCAGGUGGCGUUGGCUUUAAUCUUUUCGACUAUAGAACCCAGCUUAAGAUAAAGUGUCGCCCCGUUCCGAGACUCGCGUGGCCGGGACACGAUACAUGUACUGGGAUGGCAUAGAGACGGACGAGAAGGGAAGAGGGUGUUUC